AGCGCAUUUUUGCGCUUCGGUUCGGAGGUUCUUGGGGAGUUUGCUGGUCUCCCAGCGGGCGGCACCGCAGCAGGCCACAAGGGCGGACGAGGGGGGGCUUGUGACUGGAAAUUUUGGGGGGUUGAGUCCACUAAAAGUCACUAAAGGUGCAUGCACCCAAUGUACGACGCCCCUUCGCCCAAUCUCAUGUCGUGGAUAUGUCGUGUGAGCGUGUCGGCAGCUGGGGAGGCUUUUCUUUCCCUCUCUUAACCUUAGGUCCCUACCUGAUUUUGGUGGCCCAAAGAGUGCGAACAAACACUUUGGACAACAAACCCCAGAUUUAACCAGUCGCCUAGAUGAGAAGAAGCUGUGCCGCAAGAGGCAGAAGUUUGAGUAGCGAUUCCCACAGUUGCAAAUGGUGCCAUCCGUCACCACAUUCCUGCGACAUACGAUGGGGAUGUACACUACCGUUCCGUCCUCUCUUCGUUGUCCACUCGGGAUACAGAUACUUGUUUUGGACAUGUGAGUCCAAACUUCAGUUUUUCUUUCCCGAACAUCGCGCUUACCCAGGUCUCGGAGCCAUGAGCCACAGGGGCGCUCUGCGCUAGCGCCGAACUCUAGCGCAGGCGCGGCGAGUGUGGCAGCUGCAGGUGUGGCUUGUCAACCCAACGAUUGCUUACCCACCAACCUUCUUGCCCGGGGGGGAUGUGGCUGCUUGCAAGGCAAAAAAAUUCAGGAGCCACUUCUUCGCGGCAGCAAGGCCAUCUCAGCCUCGUCGGCUUCAUCUCGCACAACCUCUCCGUUCACUACCCGUCGAGUCACCACGCUGGCGGCGCAAUUCCGAUAGCGCACUACAGAGGCACCACCCGACACACGAUCGAGUCCUCGCGCUUCUAUUUCCUUCGGUCUUUCUGUGUUUUCCCCCCUCAUCCGACCGACCUGCCGAGCUACUCCCCGCAGCUUCUCACUUGCUCGCCGCUCCCGGCCCUGCCCAGCGAUCCAGCUUCGGAAGCCGUGCUUCGGUUGCGUUCACUCGUCGAAUCAAGCGCGUCACCCGAUUUCCCAAGCGAGUGUCGCUUCUAUACGAGCCCGAGAACUAGUCGCACUUUAAUACAGACGCAUUGUUGUCGCGCGUCGUCAACACUUCGCAGGAGUCGGAUCUGGGCAGCAGCGUCAACGAUCACCCGCCUCUCUCCCUCGGGCACGCUCGCGCUGCGACAACCACCAACAUGUUUUUUCUCUACAACAUGGAGCGCAGGGUCACCUUGCAUCCCUCCUACUUUGGUCGGAACAUGCACGAGCUGGUGACGAGCAAGCUGUUGAAGGACGUGGAGGGCACCUGCGCGGGAAGCUACUACAUCAUUUCCAUCAUGGAUACCUUCGAUAUCUCUGAGGGUCGCAUUCUUCCUGGAAGCGGUUUGGCCGAGUUUACCGUCGGCUACCGAGCCGUUGUGUGGCGGCCUUUCAAGGGCGAGACGGUUGAUGCUGUGGUCUACUCAGUCAACCAUCAGGGAUUUUUUGCCCAGGCGGGACCUCUGCGGUUAUUCGUGUCGGCUCAUCUGAUCCCGUCUGAGAUCAAGUGGGAUCCCAACGCGACGCCACCACAGUUUACCAAUAACGAGGAUACCAUCAUCGAGCCGGGAACACACGUACGCGUUAAGGUGAUUGGCACGCGUACGGAAGUCGGCGAGAUGUGGGCGAUCGGGAGCAUCAAGGAAGACUAUCUGGGCUGCCUCCAGGAUUAAAUAUCCCACAAGAAGGGGUACACAGGGGUUCUCGAGAACCCGCGUCCCGCGUGCGCUGCGUGGGCUUCGGCCAACGCGAAGGGGCCAUGUCCCUCCAUCCAGGGAGCUGAACCUUGGCCAUCAACCGUGGCCACUUUGGGCAUUCCUACUGUCGAGGGUUGGCAAUAUGCGCAUUAACAACGAGUGUUGCUACCGCGCAGAGCAGACUUUUGGACAGGCCCAGACGAAAUUUCGAGAGAAUCGUUUAGGGUCAGAGACGAACAUUCCGUUGGGCUGACAAUCUGCGCUCAAGAGCAGACGAUAGAGAAAAGUUUGGAGAAGAAGAGGGCAUAUGCGUGCCCAAUCAACCGGCGCGUUUUUUUUUUAUGAUGGACAAGCAUCAUAUCCGGGCUGCGUCUUGGAAGUUGUACAAUACCUUAGGC